AUGGUAUCGUGGAUUAUUUCUAGACUUGUGGUGCUCAUCUUUGGGACCCUUUACCCUGCCUACUCAUCAUAUAAAGCUGUCAAAUCAAAAGAUGUGAGAGAAUAUGUGAAAUGGAUGAUGUACUGGAUAAUUUUUGCACUGUUUACAACAGCUGAAGUGAUUACAGACAUAUUUUUGUGCUGGCUUCCGUUCUACUAUGAGUUGAAAAUCGCCUUUAUGGUGUGGCUACUUUCACCCUACACAAAGGGAUCCAGUGUGCUGUAUAGGAAGUUUGUCCACCCUACAUUGUCCUCGAAAGAGAAGGAAAUUGAUGAAUACCUGUGCCAAGCAAAGGACAAAAGUUAUGACACACUGGUACAUUUUGGAAGGAAAAGUCUAAAUGUGGCUGCCACAGCUGCAGUAAUGGCUGCUACUAAGGGUCAGGGUGUGCUAUCAGAUCGACUUCGGAGUUUCAGCAUGCAUGAUUUGACCUCCAUCCAAUCAGAAGGUCAGGGACCUUCUGCUUCAGUCACCACCCAGCCUGCAUCAGCUCAGCAAAGAUCACGCGCCAUGAUGCGCAGCAAAUCAGAUGCUGCAUACACCAAGGCCUCCUCUUAGAACCUUAAGGCCUCUUACCAGAUCCAGAUCCAAGAAUACCCUAUGUGCAAACUCAGAGGCCAUGUGAUUGUGAGGAUGCUGCAAGACUGCUUUAGCUGCCUUAGAUGCAACUUGAGGACAAGUAAAAAGAGAAGAUGGAGACGGACUCAGUACAUUAGAAUGCAGCCAAAAGAUCAAAUAUUUAAAGCAGCCUUGCUCUCUGAGGUAACCAAAGCGAUGUGCGGCCUUAUUGCAACCGAUCUUUGACACUCAAACGGGAGGUUUCUUAAAGUAGCACGUGUAUGUCGCACUAUUCAAAAGACUCUUUUGAGCAUUCAGCAUUUUUGUGUUGUACAUAUUUCCU